AUGUUUAUUUUAGAGUCUUCUACAGAGAGAGAUUUUUAAAAAGGAGUUUUUGUUUAUUGGUCAUAUAUUGAAUCCAAAGCAGUUUUUGGAGGCAAAUAUGUUUGGGCAACUGCGAAAUUUUCUUAAAAAUAUACUAUCCUUAAACCUCAUCAUUAAUUAACAAUUUAGUUUGAUGCAAUAUUUGGUUGCAACUUUUAGAGUGGUGCUGGAUAUUUAGGAUACUCAAUUAAUAAUAAUACUGAAACAUAGAUUAAUUUAAAUUAAACAGUUACAAUAAAAAUUUCACAUUCUUCUUCUAUCUUAUAUAUAGCAUUCCAAUGUUAUGGGUAAAAUAAUAAUGUCUUGGAUAGAUAUUGUGCAUUAGCUGAUUAUUCAAUAAUUGUUCAUUAUUGUAGUCCAUUUUGUUUACAGUGUUCUAAUGAGAAUACUUGUAUAACAAUGGAUACCUAUGAUACUUCUAUUAUUAAAAUUGAUUAAUCUGAAUGCGGACCUUAAUAAUUUCUUGAUAAUUAAUAUUUUAGAUGUGAAAAUUGUCCAGAAGAAUGUGAAGCUUGUUUUAAUGAAUAUGAAUGCACUCAAUGUUAUUAUCCAUACUAAUUAUAUAUUACAAAAUGUAUAUUAAUGUGUAAGUCAAAUCAACAUUUUAAUGAAUUAUUGAAUAUAUGUGAAGGUAUUAAUUUAAUUUAUCAUAGCUUGUAACAUGAAAUGCAAGUAAUGUAGAAAUAAUAAAGAUUGGUGUAUUCAUUGUGAAGAAAAACACUUUCGAAUUUUGAAUCUUAAUUAAUGUGUUUGCUAAAGUGGAUAUUAUGAUGAUAAUAUAACUCCAAAAUGUUAAGUUUGUCAUAAUUUAUGUAUAUCCUGUUAUGGUCCUUCUAAUAUAGCUUGCACACAAUGUAUAUAGCUUGAUAAGAUUUAAUUAAAUGGCAAUAUUUGUGAUUGUUAAGAUGGGUAUUAUUUUGAUUAUUCUUAAUUCAAAUGUGAUUAGUGUAAUUUUAAAUGUUAAACUUGUUUUUCAUCUUUUGAAAAUUCAUGUUUAAGUUGUAGUAACAAUUAAAAUAGAAGUUUACAAGGACUUUAAUGUAUCUGUUUGAUUGGAUUUUAUGAAUUAAAUGACUUUUGUUAGUAAUGCCCUGAAACGGAAGAUACUUAAUUAUCAUAAUGUUACAAAAGAUGUGGAAAUGACAUGAAAAAAUGGUAUAACUAACCAUGUGAUCAAGUUACAUGUCUGUUAGGAUUUGAGAAUAUAAACAAUAUUUGUAUUCCAAUAUGUGGAGAUUUAUAAAUAAAUGGUGAUGAAGAAUGUGACGAUGGGAACUAAAUUAUAAAUGAUGGUUGUUUAAAUUGCAGAUUUUAGUGUCCAAAACAAUGCAACACUUGUGAUUAGACAACAGUUUUUCCUUGUUCAGAUAUUUGUGGAGAUGGAAUAAUAACGGGUUUUGAAGAAUGUGAUGAUGGUAAUAAUAUUUAAUUUGAUGGUUGUUAUGAAUGCAAAUUAGAUUGUUAAAUUUAAUGUACAAAAUGUUUGAGAGGAUAAUGUUAUGAAUGCUAAACAUACGGUUGGGAAAUAAAUAUUGAAACUUUGAUGUGUAUUGAGAAUUGUGGAGAUUCUAUUGUAAUAGGUAGAGAAGAAUGCGAUGAUGGUUACAAUCUAGAUGAAAAUGAUAAUUGCUAUUAAUGUAAAAGAUUGUGUAGAAAUGAUUGUAAAACUUGUACUUCAGAUGGAAAAACUUGUUUGGAUUGUUAAAUUGUUGGAUUUAAACCUUAGAAUUAUUUUUGCAUUAAUAUUUGUGGGGAUGGAUAUUUAGCAAAGGAUCCAUAUGGAAGGAAUAGUGAAGAGUGCGAUGAUUUUAAUUUAAUUAAUUAUGAUGGUUGCAGUUCCACUUGUAAAUUCUAAUGUUAAAAUGACGUAUGUAAAGUGUGUGAAAAUAGAAAAUGUAUUGAGUGUAUUGAUCAUUAUUAUCUUGAUGUAAGUAAAAAUUAAUGUUUAGAAAAAUGUAAUGAUGGUAUUGUAAUUGGUAAAGAAAAGUGUGAUGAUAUGAAUAGUUUACUUCAUGAUGGUUGUUAUAACUGUUAAUUAUCAUGUCAACCUAGCUGUUUGAUUUGUCAAAUUACAGGUUGUUAAUCAUGUUAAAUAGGAUUUAGGUUGAUUUUAAAUCAAUGUAUUAAUGUCUGUGGAGAUGGAUUAAUAGUUUAAGGAGAAGAUUGUGAUGAUGGAAAUAUAAGCCCCUUUGAUGGUUGUCAUUUUUGCAAAUUUUAUUGUAAUCCUAAUUGUCAAUUGUGUGUUUUAGGAUAAUGUUUAAGUUGUUAUAAAGAAUUUGUAAUGAUUAAAGGUAUUUGUAUGUUUUCCUUUCACAAUCCAAUAGGAAAAGUUAAUGAGAAUCAUCAUCUUUUUAAUUAAAAUUAGAUAAGUAAUUCUUUUAUUUCUUUUUGUCGCUUAUAGAUUAAUGGUAUCUGUUUAAUUUGUGAUGAUUUCUAUUACUUAAAUAAAUUAGAUUCUAAAUGUGAGAGUAGAUGUGGAGAUAAUGUCAUUAAUAAUCUUGAGGAAUGUGAACAUAAUCUGACUUAUAAAAUAAGAGUUUGUUCAGCUUGCAAAUUUUAAUGUUAAGAUAACUGUAAAGAAUGCUAUUUUGGAUUUUGUCAAAAAUGUGAAUAAGAUUAUUUAUUAAUUAAAUAAACAAAUGAGUGUAAAAUUAAAGUGCAAUGUAAUCCAGAAAAAGGUCUUUACUACAACGAUAUCCUUAAUUAAUGUUAUGAGAUAUGUGGAGAUGGUAUUAUAUCUGAAAAUGAAUAAUGUGAAGAUUAUAAUUUAGAUCCAUAUGAUGGUUGUUAUGAUUGCAAAUAUUCAUGUUAUUCUCAUUGUCCAUUAUGUAUUCAAGGAGUUUGUACUGAUGAUGGUUCUACAUGUUAGAAAGGUUAUUAUUUUGAUAAAGAAACUGGGUUUUGUUUUAAUGUUUGUGGAGAUGGAAUAAUUGCAAUCCCUGAUGAAGAGUGCGAUGAAAUCAAUAAUACUGAUUGUGUGAAUUGUAAAAAGAUUAAUGAAAAAAAUUGUAAAAUUUUUAAUGAAAUAAAUAAGUGUGUUGCUUGUUUGGAUAAUUUUUAAAUUGUAGAUGAAGUAUGUCAACCUGAACCAAAAUAAAUUUGUGAUGUUCAAAGUUGUGUAAAUUGUUAAAAUAAUAUUUGCAUUCAAUCUUCACAGACCUAAAUUAAUAAUUAGAAUUAAGAAAAUAUAAUUUUGUAUUAUUGCGGAGAUGGCUUAAUUAAUUAAAAUGAAUUUUGUGAUGAUGGUAAUUUCAUCAAUGGAGAUGGAUGUGAUUCGAAUUGCCAACCUUCUUUAAACAGUAUUUGUUAACUAAACGAAUGCAUUUAAAUUUUCUAUCCAUCUCCUUAGAUUAAAUAUAUAUAAUAAAUACAAAAUUGUUAAAUCCUAACAUUAUAUUAUGAUUAAUAUGUAAAGCUGUCUAACAAUAGUACUUUAGAAAAAUACUUAAACACAUUAUCAGGUAAGGUUGAAAACACUCAAGUAAAUGUUUCAUUUGAUUCAAAUACAUCAGAACCAUUUGAUUUAGUAAAUUUAGAAAUAAAUAUCAAAAUAGAAUACUUUUACAAAAUUAUUGAUCCUAUUUUUAUUCUGAAUUUUGCUGAUCCAAGUAUUAUUCUUAAUUAGCAUGAUUCAAAAUAAUAAAUGAUGUUAAUAUCAAUUUAGUUACCUUCUCCAAAUCUCCUAUCUAUUAAAGAAUAAUCAACAACAGAAUCAAUAAUAAAAUUUAGUGGAUAUUAAAUUUAAAUUAUUGCUGCAGUAAUUCUAAUCUCUUCAAUAACUGGUGAAUUUUAAAUCAUAGAAAAUUAGAUAGAAAUUAUUUAAAUGCUAUAUUACUAUAAAUACAUAAAUAUCAUAAAAGGAUAAAAUUUAGAUAAAUUUUUUGAGACUUUCAAAAUCAUUUAAUUGGCAAACUUUUUUGAAUAUAUUGGAUUUUUACCCUAAACAUAUUUUUUCUUUUCUAUAACAAAAGAAAGUUCUAAUUCAAUUUUCUAGGCAGAUGGAAGAAGUUCAAACUUUUUAUUUGGCUUUUUACAAAUAUUUUUCAUUUUAUUCAUAGCUUAUUCCACCCAUAUAUUUAUCAAAAUCGUUAUAAAAUUUGCAAAUCACAAAAUCGCUUUUCUCAAAACUUAACAACUGAAGUAAUAUUAAUUAAAAAUUGUAAAUAAAUUGCUGAAAUUUCUAAUAAAAAAUAACGGAAAUCAAUUUAAGACAAAAUUUGAAAUGAUAUUCUAAUCUCUAUUAUAUGAGCAUGUUAUUAAUACAAUGUUAUCAUUUUAAUAUUAAAAUUAUGAAAGUACAGAAGGAAAAAUAAGUUUAAUCUUAAAUAUUAGUUUAUCCAUAUGGUUAGUUUUGUAUUUAAUGAACCAAGAGACUUAACGAUGUAUUAAAUUAAAGCAAACUUAUAGUUGUCUCUAAAAAAUUAUUUUUGGCAUUAUUUUAGUAGGAUGUUUUGAAUGUCCAAUAAUUUAAAUAUAGUUGUGUGCUCUUAAUGAAAUAUUCUAUUUUUCUUUUCUGUAUAUAAAAAAAAAUAAAAUCAAAUAAAUAAAUACUUACAAGGACUUAUUUAAGCAUUUAACAUUCUUCUUUAUGGAUAUGAUUUAUUUAAUGCAUGAAUUUUAGAAAAAGGAUCCAUAAUAACUAGUAAUACUUGGAUGGAUUUAAAUAGGCAUAAUGAGUUCUAAUUUAACCCUAAUUCUAAUUUUUGAUUUAUAUUAAAUUUUGCAACCAAUUAUAUAAAAACUUAGAAAAGGAUAUGCCAGAGUUGAAAAUUGUUUGAAGUAGCCAAAGAGAAAUUUCGCUAAUCAUGAGCUUUUUGAUAAGGGAGAUUCGAUUUUAUAACCACAAAAAAUUUGA